CUUUAUUACGCGAGCAGCGAUCGGGAUGAACCAAGUUCGAUAAGUUCUCCUACCCUAGACCUACUCUGACCAUCAAACCGAGUUGUCAGUUCAGUUACACAGUAAUAACACCUGCAUCGAUAGCUAGCGUCGGCUAGGAGCUCGGAAUAGAGUCUUUGGCAUUCUCUGCAGAAGGAAGAAACAGAAGAACACUGUAUCCGGACAAACUUUGUCAUCUGCAGCUAGCUAGCUUGCCACAAGAUCAUCUUCUGAGGAAACGAACAUCGCUAGGCUAUUCGUUCGAAGUCACCGCCUCUUGAUCGAGAGACAUAGCGUAUAGAACUACCUUUUGAUAAGGUAUCAUACCAGAAUCAUGUCCGGAGCCGCGACCGAUCCGCAAGUAUUUCCCUCUUCGACAAUCUCGGAAGACGCCCUCCAUUACUCUAUCCACCUUCCUCCCGGAUCAACCACGACGCCGGAAAGCUAUGCAGCUUUGAUUACCUCCCGAAUACAAACCACUUUGGCUCCAUAUUCUCCCUUCAAGGAUGGAACAUGGCUAUGGCACAAGGAUAGCUGGGAGCUCAAGGUCGUCCGGGAAACAGAUCUCCAGGAUAGGAGGUUUGAGCGGGGUGAACAGGUUUCGAAAGUACGAGUACGUUUCCAGGAAGAGGACGGGGACGAGCAAGACGAAGACGAAAGUUGCGACAAUGGGGCUGAAGUGACGGGUCGGGAUUCAAAUUCCUCAGCGAUCGGCCCAGGCAGGAGGUUGGAAGGUCGGAUGCGCAUAGGGGAUUCGGUCGAUGAUGAAUGGCUCGUCGUCUGGCUACUCAGGGAUAUCUCGAAGACAUGGCCAGAGCUGCUCAUUUCGGUUCGAGAUACCGAUGGCGACUUUUUGUUGAUCGAGGCGGCGAACCACCUACCUAAAUGGGUGACUCCAACAAACGCACAAAAUAGGCUAUGGUUGGCAAGCGGGCACCUCCACCUGAUUCCCCCUGAUCACCGUUCUCCCACGUCGACCCGACCCAAAUCAUUCGAGUUUGAUCAGAGUGACAUUUCUGGCCAAGCAGAAGAGGGAGCCGACGAUGAUGAUCACGCGUGGUUGAACGGACAAGACGCCACCAGGCUCCUCAGACGAGCUCUAACCGUAGCAGCCGAUGGGCGUGGUCAGUUCUACUCGCCGGACAUCGAGGGAGAUGUCUGGGAGAGAAUCUCGGGUUAUCCGGGGACUUUACGGACGCACCACCACCGGGCGAAAGCGUAUCUACCUGUGAAUAUCGCCAAGGCUCUCAAGGUCGAUCCGGCUCUGGGUCAACGGGCCGUCGAAGGGUUCUACACGAGGGAUGCUGCGCAACUCCGAUUGGCAUCAAGAGCUACCAAGUUCCCGCCUACUCCUGCGACAUCGGUAGUUCUAGCCCCUUUGGUAUUGACAAGGACGGCUUAUGCUCAACUGAAGGGGCAGGUAUAUCACCCUCCUCGAGUUUUCGGAGCUGAAUGGAGGAUCCAGGUUGGAGGGGAUCUCGAGCCAGAGGAGAGGGAGCAGGCGGAGCGGGAACGCAAAUAUCGAGAUUUAGGAGUCAAGUUGAUUAUGGGCUUCGAGAUCAUGUUCCGGGAAGACAACAAACGGAGUCGGCGUAGCGGUGAUCAGGCGGAUUCACAGGAAGACUUGCGCAAGGAUAAAGCCUACGUUACGUACAUCGACAACCUGGACAAGGCAGGCUGGUUCGAGGGAGAGAUGAAAGGGAGUGCGGGAUAUCAGGCCAAGGAGAAGAAGGCUGCGGAUGCUUGGAGAGGGUUGCAGGCGGAACAACUCGAGGAACGGACAUCUUUCGCUCAGUCUGUCGAUAACGCCUUGGCAGUAACGGCGACCAUGAAGCUCGAAGACCUCGCUACCUCUUCAGAGAUUCCAGACGAUUCCGAGGCUUGGCUAGAGGUAUCGCCGGAUGAGCUGGAUGGCAUGUUGAGCCAAGCCGAAGCGGGACAGGAAGCUCGGCCUCCGGUUGCAGAAACGUCUGAAGGACGUCAGGAUGGCGAAGAGGUUGAGGCCAACGAGCAGGCCAACGUUUUGAGCGACCUGGCUAAAAAGGUGAAUCAGUUUGUCGAAGCCAAAGGUGGCAUGACGGGGGCGACCUUUGAUGAUGAACUGUCUGACGACGAUAUGCUGGGAGAUUCGGAUGAUGAAUCGGACGCCGAGCAGGACGAUGGUAUGACCGGAGACGAGCGGGAAAGGCGUCUCAACGAACUCGUGCCCGGUUUGGCGCCCGAGGAAUGGGGUAGCAAGACACAGAAGCGAGAUGGGCCCGACGAACAGAAAGAAACCGAUUCGAACGGCAAGCCUAAACGCAAGGUAUCAUUUGCCGCCGGGACAAAACCCGCCGAGACUAGCCAGGACAAGACGGAGGAGAUGCCCUCCGUUCGUCCACCCAUCCUGGAACCCGAAAACUAUGACGGUCAUGUACCAGAGUCCGACGAUGACAUGAGCGACUGGGACCCAGCAGACGACGUUGUCGCCGGGUGGGCCAAGCGACCGUCAUACAAGGCGCCCAAGGGCAAGGCGUCUAAGAAGCGGACGAUUGACCCAAGCACUUACGUAUUACAAGAAGCGUUGCGAACGGGUCAGCCUAUGCCCCGUGAGAACCUCAAGGCGUUUGAUGUUGGUGACAAGCUCGACCUCUCGGACGACGAGUAUCAGGAAGACGAACAGCGGGCGGACCCUGAGUUGGGCGAGCCUGACAUGGAGGCUGAGCAGGAUGAUUUCCUACGGUUCGCUAGGGAAGCUUUGGGUAUCAACGACGAGAUGUGGCGGGGAAUGAUGGGUGACAGGAAGGCUAGAGGAGCUUAUGUGCCGGAAGAGACCACGGCAUCGUCCUCCCAACCCAAACCCAAGAUGCCUGUUGUCCCAGAAGCUAAACACGCCACCGAGCCUGCAACCGCCAACACGACCCCGAUUCCACCUGGACAGAGGAACCCAAACCUAGAUUCGUUCGAGCGAGUCAUGGACGCCAUGGAAGCCGAACUCGCCUCGAAACGGCGAGAACGGGCAGGUCCCGGCAAGUCUACGUCGACUCGACCCACUUCCUCGAAAGCAUCUGCAGCGAAGAAACCGUCCCCUUCCAGACUGAGCGCAUUGGAUUCGCUUCCGACCGAGGCCGACCUGGACGAGAUGGACGAAGACGAUCUGAUCGCCAUGGAUCGGGAGCUGCGCGCGGCAUUGAAGAGCGCUGGAGGUGACGCCGAAGACGAGGACGAGGACGACGACGUGGACAUGGACCUGAUGGACGACGAGACGAGACGUGCCAUGCAGUCGCUCGGUGAGGGAGACAAGCAAGAGGUCGAGAUGAUGAAAGACCUUUUGGGAAGCUACAAGGCGCAAGCCGGUGCGAGUGGAGUCGUUGGCAACUUGUUUGGGAGGUUGAACGAGAAGCCCAACCGAGGGAAAAAGUAGGGGUAUGCACGUAGGCUCUAACAUAUGUCUGUAAUGCGAAACGACACAUCACGAUACGUGUUGCAAACCUUGGUCGUGUUUCCGUUUUCGUUUUCCGUAUGAUCCGCAUUGUCCAUAGGUUUUUUCUCUUCUUCUGCUUUACAUGCAU